AUGCGGGCUACCCACCAGCCACGCGGCUGUGAUCAAAGUCGGGCUGCGGCGGCUAGUAGCGGAAGUCGCAGCGCUGCAAGCGCACUGCCAGAGUGUCCGCUGCUGUGCACAGUACGAAAGCAAAGUGGAAUGCGGGCUACCCACCAGCCACGCGGCUGUGAUCAAAGUCGGGCUGCGGCGGCUGGUAGCGGAAGUCGCAGCGCUGCAAAGCGCGCUGCCAGAGUGUCCGCUGCUGUGCACAGUACGAAAGUAAAGUGGAAUGCGGGCUACCCACCAGCCACGCGGCUGUGA